UGAGCCCAGUUUGUCAAAGACCCGCAAGCCCAAACAUCAGUCAUCUCCUUCACAGGAAUCGUAAAUCAGAAAUUACCUCGACUCUGCCCUGCCACGGCUGAGAAAAUAGCAACGCUGAAACACGCUCGUCUCCACGAUCCUGCGAUCCAGCGCGGCGUGUCCAGUGAUUCCGCUCUACGACAAGUCUGCGCAGGGUGAAGAAUCGCGCGAUUCGUCUGAAAAUCGCGAUUCAUGCACGAUUCAUCCCCGAUACAGAGAUUCAACCACGGUCCAGGAACAAAAGCGAGACAACCUCCGAUUGGUAUCGGUAGCAGCUGGAAUCGUAUCCAAUCGUGCGAUACGUAUCGUGACUCUUAUUAUUGGUUGGCAAUGCAAGAUCCAAGGAAGAAGAAAAACUUAACCCAAAAGGCAUCUUUAUUUCAGUUGCAAGCGAAUGGUGUCAAGGAAGAUGGACAGACAUCUCUGUCUUUAAAAUCAAGACAGAAGGGUUCCAAGAGACACUUGAUGACUGAAGUCUCACCACCUUUUCAGAAACAAGAAGGUUCCAAUUCAGAUUCGUUGCCUGACUCCUCUGCAGCUGGAAAUGAGUACCGUGCAUUGAGGAGAAAGUAUAUGCUGCUGGAGGAUGAGAGCUUUGCAUUAGGGAAAGAGGUAAGAGAGGUUGAAGAUGAGGUAAAAACCCUUGAAGAUGAAAAGUUUGCACUGUUGGAUCAGCUUAUUGUAAUGGAAGGCCUUGUUGAUCCAACGGAGAAGCACUCUUAGUGUUUGCAACUAUGUUGACACUCUGUAUGUCAUUUCAUCUCCUGAUUUCAUACCUAUAUGUGUAAUAUAAUGCCUAAAAUAGAAGUGUCAGUGUUGGCUCCUUUUGUCUAGCUCUAGAAAUUGGAUGAUAAAAAUCAUUUGUAGAGAUUUUAAGUUGAAAUUCCAUCGUUGUUUAGGUCGCAGGCUAAAUACUUUAAUAAUUAUGUCUUUAAUCAUAGUAAACUGUUCAUAUUUCUUGUUCACUAUGUUAUAGUUUUCUAUGAAUUGUGAUAUGCAUUGUACUGUUUUAUACGGCAGCAAGAUUCUGUCGUUGGACAAUGAACUUUUGGUUCAAUUAUA